AUGCUGGAUGGCGGCUUGGGAAAGUUGCAGAAGCGGAUGCGGGGCCAUUUCGGCGACAGACUGAGUCCCGAUGAUGCAUAUCUAAGCUAUCAUGACAUUCGCUUGACACGCGAGGAUAUGCAAUGCUUAAAGAACGAUUGGCUCACCGAUAACAUUAUCUCAUUCUGGGAAGAAUACCUUGAACAUGAAUUUCUGGUUCAGUACAAGACCUCCCAUAUCGUCCUUCUCCGACCAAGCAUGUCGUUCAUGCUGUUCCAGACACCGGAUCCUCGCACCCUUCGUUCAGCUCUGCCCGAUUUCUCGCAGACAACCCAUGUCUUCCUGCCCAUAAAUGAUUGCAAUAACAAGAUGCAAGCCGAGGGUGGCACGCACUGGUCGUUGCUCUUGAUCUCCAUUGUUGAUGGGGUCGCGUUCCACUAUGAUUCGCUGGUCUUUGGCAAUCAUGACGAGGCCCGAUAUGUCACCGGGCAGUUUAGUAAACUGCUGGGACGCCCGCUGGCCUUUCAGCACCUAAGAGAUUCUCCCCAGCAAGACGGCGGCAGUGACUGCGGCGUAUUUGUCUGUAUGAACAUGCGUCACAUCCUACUCAAACGACUUCUCAUGGCCAGCUCGAACGAGAAAGUGAGUAUGAGCCUCGGCGGGAAAAAGGUCGAUGCCCACGCUGCGCGCAAAGAAAUGGCCAAGAUUAUCGAAGGCUUCCGCAAAGAAGGGGAGAGGCGAAGAUCGUAA